AUGGUAGGCGCUACUUUGUUUCACCGUAGAAAGCAUUCAUGGCCGCCUGAGGAAUUCAUCAGCAGAAGUACUCUUCAAUUACUCGAUUUCGAUAGUGCUGCUCCGCCACCACACGCAUGGAGGAGGAGAUUAAACUGCCAUGCGAAUAUCUUAAAGGAGUUCACUAUAACGUUUAGGGAAGCUAUUAAAAUGGUACGAUUGGGGAUACGAUUAUGGUCUUAUGUCAGAGAAGAGGCCUCCCAUGGAAGGAAAGCACCUAUUGAUCCUUUCAGCAGAGAGAACUGCAAACCAUCUGCAUCACAAGGUGUUCCACUCGGAGGAAUGGGAAGUGGAAGCAUAUCUAGGGGUUUCAGGGGUGAGUUUAAACAGUGGCAAAUCACUCCUGGGACUUGUGAUCCAUCACCUAUGAUGUCUAAUCAGUUUUCGAUUUUUAUUUCCCGAGAUGGUGGGCACAAAAAGUAUGCAUCAGUUUUGGCUCCAGGCCAGCAUGGAAGUUUAGGAAAAUCGCGUGAUAAGGGUAUUUCUUCAUGGGGUUGGAAUCUAAAUGGCCAGCAUUCAACUUACCAUGCUCUAUUUCCUCGGGCCUGGACUAUAUAUGAUGGUGAGCCUGACCCAGAGUUGAAGAUUUCAUGCCGGCAAAUAUCACCCUUUAUACCAAACAAUUACCGAGAUAGUAGUCUUCCUGCAGCUGUUUUCGUGUAUACAUUGGUGAACACUGGAAAGGAAAGGGCAAAAGUCAGCCUUCUUUUUACAUGGGCGAACUCAAUGGGUGGGACUUCGCAUAUGUCAGGGGGUCAUGUGAAUGAGCCAUUCAUAGGCGAAGAUGGGGUCUCCGGUGUCCUCUUACAUCACAAGACAGGCAAGGGAAACCCUCCUGUUACAUUUGCGAUUUCUGCAUGUGAGACCCAGAAUGUGAAUGUAACUGUUUUACCAUGCUUUGGAUUGUCUGAAGAUAGUUGUGUUACAGCAAAGGAUAUGUGGGAUAAAAUGGAUAAGGAUGGGAAAUUUGAUCAAGAAAAUUUCAAUUGUGGGCCAAGCAUACCUUCAUCAGCUGGAGAUACCAUUUGUGCAGCAGUCUCAGCUUCAGCAUGGGUAGAGGCUCAUGGCAAGUGUACUGUAUCUUUUGCACUUUCAUGGUCAUCACCAAAAGUGAAAUUUUCCAAGGGAAGCACAUAUGACAGGAGAUACACUAAAUUUUAUGGAACUUCGCCAAGAGCAGCUCUGGACCUUGUGCAUGAUGCACUAACAAAUUAUAAGAGGUGGGAGGAAGAUAUUGAGGCAUGGCAGAAUCCUAUUCUCAGAGACGACAGGCUCCCUGAAUGGUACAAGUUCACCCUGUUCAACGAGCUUUACUUUUUGGUAGCUGGUGGUACAGUCUGGAUAGACUCUGCUUCACUCGAUGCAAAUGGAAAUAGUCAGCUUCAGCAAUCGGGUUUAGGAAAUUCAGAUGGUAACACAAGUGUACUUGACAUGAAAGGCCAGGAGAAUAACCAUGGUAAUUGCAACAGCAAUGGAAUUAAAAGCAAUGGUGAAGCAUCGACUAUUCACAAAAGGAAUGCUUUAUUCGUAGACACUCGGCACGUAGGUGAUAACGAUGAUGUUGGCCGGUUUCUGUACUUGGAAGGUGUAGAGUAUGUGAUGUGGUGCACAUAUGAUGUGCACUUUUACGCAUCAUAUGCACUCCUUAUGUUAUUUCCAAAGAUUGAACUAAAUAUCCAGCGGGAUUUUGCUAAAGCUGUGUUGUCUGAAGAUGGGAGGAAGGUGAAAUUCCUAGCGGAGGGAAAUUGGGGAAUUCGCAAGGUCAGAGGUGCUGUUCCUCACGAUCUGGGGAUGCAUGAUCCGUGGAAUGAAAUGAAUGCUUACAACAUACAUGACACAAGCAAGUGGAAGGAUCUUAACCCAAAGUUUGUGCUUCAGGUGUAUAGAGAUUUUGCAGCUACAGGGGAUUACCAAUUUGGAAUAGACGUUUGGCCCGCAGUUCGUGCCGCUAUGGAGUACAUGGAACAGUUUGAUAGAGACAAUGACGAUCUCAUAGAAAAUGAUGGUUUCCCAGAUCAAACAUAUGAUACAUGGACUGUUCACGGCGUUAGUGCCUACUGCGGUUGCCUGUGGCUGGCUGCUCUUCAAGCUGCAGCGGCAAUGGCUCUCCAAAUCGGUGACAAAUUCUUUGCAGAAUUGUGUAAGAAUAAGUUUUUGAAUGCAAAGGCAGCACUAGAAGCGAAACUGUGGAACGGAUCAUACUUCAAUUAUGACAGCGGGGCAAGCAGCAACAGCAAAUCUAUACAGACUGAUCAGCUGGCGGGUCAAUGGUAUGCCGCAUCUUCAGGUCUGCCUCCAAUUUUCGAGGAUUCCAAAAUCAGAAGCACAUUGCAAAAGAUCUUUGAUUUCAAUGUGAUGAAAACUAAAGGAGGCAAAAUGGGUGCUGUCAAUGGGAUGCAUCCUGAUGGGAAAGUGGAUGAGACAUGCAUGCAGUCGCGUGAGAUAUGGACAGGUGUUACUUAUGCAGCUGCAGCUACUAUGAUCCUCUCUGGAAUGGAAGAACAAGGAUUCACUACUGCUGAGGGAAUUUUCACGGCUGGCUGGUCCGAAGAAGGUUUCGGAUAUUGGUUCCAGACACCGGAAGGUUGGACAAUGGAUGGGCAUUACCGGUCAUUGAUUUACAUGAGACCACUCGCUAUUUGGGGAAUGCAGUGGGCAUUAACGCUGCCAAAGGCAAUUCUUGAUGCUCCGAAGAUCAACAUGAUGGACAGAGUUCACUUGUCCCCUAGAAGCCGCAGAUUCUCUCACAACUUCAAAGUUGUCACACACAAAGCUAAGUGUUGUGGCAAUUCUGAGUUGAGCUGUUCAUGCUGA